UAAAAGUAGUUUUUGAUUUUAUAAAAAAGUGUUUUCAAAUAAAUAUAUGAGUUAUCUUUAAUUUGAGAACAAGAUACCUACAUUUAUUGUAUUAAGCUGUAUUUGCUAACGAAGUGUUGGAAAACGUGAAACAGAUGUCGCUUCAAAAUUAUGUCAAUGGCGUAAAGAGAUGUUUGAAUUUUGGGCACAAAACCAAUGCCAUUUAUUUAGGUUUCUAGAAACAAUCCGUCCAGGAAAUCCUGAAAAGUAAUGCCGGUUCGCACAUUCCAAUCAAAAAGGAUGGAUGAGUAAUCCUUAAAAAAUAAGCAGGGAUGGAAUCGGACAGACUAUUGGUGGCCGCGGGUCUCACCGCCGCUGCCGUCGUUGGAGCGUUCGUGUUUUGGGGUCCUGCGACUGGUUCAGGCAGCAGAAGGAGCCGUUUGGCGGGACUGGUCAAUUUGGGACGAACCUGCUUUUUGAACGCUAUUCUUCACGCUUUGGCUGCCUGUCCAAACUUCGUAGCUUGGCUGGAGAAAGACACUACAGCCAGAGAAACGAGCCUAAGAAACACCUUGGCAACUGUGUUAUCUGUAGUCAAUGGAACGAACAAAUCUGUACAAGACAGCUUCGCCCCGGCUGCUGUUAUUAACGCCCUGAAGCGACUGGGUUGGGUUAUACCGGCUGGAGAACAGGACGCUCAUGAAUUGUUGAACGUUAUUCUGACAACUUUGGACGAAGAAACACAGAAGAUGGGUAGGAAGGCUGGUUGUCUUUCGGACGCUUUGGGAAUGAAUGAAUUAGAGUUGGAUGACGCUAAUGAUGCAGAGAGCGAGUAUAAUUCGAUGGGGAGCGUUAUGUCGCUCAAUGAGCUUUGCAGGCCAACCAGUUGGCGCGGAGGAGCUAUCAGAAGAAACAGGUGGAUUUCGAGAUCGUGUCGGGCUGUACAAAUGACCGGGCCUCCCGCACAACCCGUCUCUCAUCCAUUUACAGGCACGCUUACUAGUCAGUUACGCUGCACGGAAUGCAGAUACAAGUCAGCUGUGCGGUAUGACAAGUUCGAAAGCCUGUCGUUAGCGCUGCCGAGCGGCGCCGGCGACUUGGGCUGGGGACGCCAUAAACUGCACCAGCUGCUCUCGAAUUUCGUAACGCCCGAGGUGGUGCAGGAUGUCCAGUGCGACGGGUGUAACAGGGACCGGGAUCCGUCUCUCCCGCCCUUAAUGUCUAGGCAAAUCAAGAUUCUGAAUUUCGGGAAGCUACCCGUCUGUCUGUGUAUACACAUUUCGAGGAACACGUGGCAGCCGGGCGGGAUGUCCAAGCGGCAGGACUACGUGCAGUUUCCGAUGAGACUGUCGAUGUCUGCCUACACGUUCGUGCAGGUCCAUUAUCAAAGAAAACUGGCGGGUUCCAGUUACACCAGCACGAGUGAAGGAGGGAGCCCCUUGUCUAGUAGCACGCCCCUGUGCUGGGCCGGCAGUUCCCUAAACGACAUGGGCGGCGAGUUCAGGAACGUUUAUCAACUCGCGGCAGUGGUGGUGCAUACGGGCGACGCGCAUUCCGGACAUUUCGUUACCUAUAGAAGGGGCCACCAGAAUAAUAGGUGGUAUUAUACCUCCGACGUCGAAAUACGGGAGGUGACGGUAGACGAAGUAUUGCAAAGCACCGCCUAUAUGCUUUUUUACGAGAAAACUUCGACGUUGGGCGUUUAUUAAAGUUAAGUGUUUUUCGGGUUCGACCGAGAGUGAGAGCUUUUCCGUUCGGGAUGGACCAGAGCGAUCGUUACGCGUUUGAGUUGCAUUUAUCGUCCUAGUCGUAGGGUUCACGUUUAUUAAUGUAGCCGAGGAAGAAAGCAUCUUUAAUUGUUCGUUGAUUAUUGUUCGAAAAUUUUGUUUUUCUAAUAAAUACCUGA